CUCUCCACCUGCCACCGGGUCCCUGAGGUUGGUCCACGACCACGUUUUGCGUAUCAUUGACUCUGGAUCCACCGUCCAGUACCCUCCCUCCUCCCUCGUCGAGUCGUCCUCCUACCAGUUGCCCUCUUUGCGGAUACGGAUACUUCCACUCAAAGUUGGUAGACCAGGAAGUCGCAGGCACAGCCAGCACAGCCUGAGAACCUGCAGCUACAACCCUUGCAUCUUAUCUGCGCUUGCUUCAGUCAGGUUCCUGGUUGUCUGUCAGAGUGCCCAGUCUUCCACUCUUACGCCGCAGCCUGCCCUGUGUGCCUGUGUCCUCUUUUAUUUCCAUUCUUCCCACCCCACCGUCCAUUCCUCUCAUCCCUUUCAACCCUUCUCUGCGACAAAAAAAAACGGUUACCCCCGUUGCUGCCCGCUGUCGACCACCUGAGUGAGCCAGAGAGUCAAGGAACCGGGAAUUGGCCAUUCGCCCAGUCAAAGGAAUUGGACAUCUAUCAGCAGCGUGAAAGAGGGUCGGCCGAAGAAUAAACAACAAAUACAAUCUCCGCCGCCGCCGUAGUAGCAGAAGCGCACAAGACACGAGCCGCAGCACCAAACCAAACGAGUACCUAACGAGCCCACAUCUUACGCCGGGGCGCAACGGCACCCGACAGGCACCGCAGAAGAAAAUAGGGGCGCGGAUUUGCACAUCAACACGCGAUCCGGGGGUGCCACGAGCAAGUCAGCUCAGUCUAGCCCUUCUCUCUCAACUCAAGCCUUUACAAGCCUGAGAAACACAUAGAGAGAGGUGUACGGAUUCUCUCUGUAUCCGUACCAACAACAGGCACACCACCACCUUCACCCGUUGCGACCGAGAACUCUGUGCUAAGGAAAGACGCCAAACAAGCACCAAAAUCGACGCCACAAGACUCGCGCCUCCUUCUCUUCUCACGGCACCACUGUGAGUUGGGUCUGGCUGGUCUUGGUCUGCUUGGUCCGGUGGCAUUUUUCUGCCUCGCUAUCCACGCCGCCUACUUCCUCUUCGGGAUCUUGCUAGUCGUUGCCCUUCAUUUCACGCGGUCAACCGCCAACAACGCCUACCCCUUCUCUCCUCUACCGCCAGCCUUGGCUCAAGCCUGCUGUUCCUACAACUGUCGUCCGUCCCCCGACGCAGCCCGCCUCCAGUCUCUCCUUCGACUUUCGACUCGACAUCGCUUUCGUCUUCCACUCUUGUAUUCUCUAAUCCUAUACAUCCUUUUCUUCCGAUUCCUCCUCGCUCCUUCGACUCUGGACCUUCGGUUCUCCCUUUCUUCCCUCAAUCGACAGCAAUCCAUCGCCGUCUUCGAUUCGCUUCAUCGCUUCAUUGCUCCUAUCUUGCAUCUCACGGAUUCCGACUACCAUUCUCUUUUUCUUCUUUAGAAAAGAGGCUGCCUUGCUGGACAACCCUCUGAAACGAUCGACUCGAUUUCGCCAUCUCAAUUAUCAACCGCCGCAACGUUCAUUCGAGCCUUCGUUCGCUGCCUACCAGCUCAUCCCAGCUCAGUACAGCGCACACGCUACGUCGCGCACUGAGCAGCACACAGCGCACCCGUCACAACAACCUCUCCAGCGCCCUUUUUCUAUUUUGGCCGACAGCCCAACCACCAGUCACUCCUUUCCAACCUAGUCUUCCGAGGUCUUGCAUUCCAGCCACGACAACCCCCUCGCGGCAUUCGAAUUACGUACCCACCGUUGGAUUGGCACCGCUCCGCCCAUUUGCCGAACACUUCGCUUCGAUUACUCGGUUGUCGACGUCUUCUCGUCGGUCGACUCACAUUCGCAACCGUGACAUUUUUCGAGGCUUCCUCUCGAAAUCUGCUCCGAAGCAAUUAACUCUUCGUCCAUCGAACUCGCACAUCAUUCUCUAUGCCAUCCUACGGCUCUCUUCAUUCACCAUCAUUGCGCAAAAUGGAACAAUCAAGGGUUCAGUACGGGAGGAAGGGCAUUAAUUUGGGGAACAUCAUUGGAGAUCCCUUCGCCCUGGCUACAGUCUCCAUCUCCAUGCUAGCAUGGAUAAUUGCUUUCAUUAGCUCCAUCAUCGCGACAACACAAGUCACAAAUAACUCCGGCUCAUUCCCGCCCUUCGCUUGGUGGACCGUCGUCUACAUGUUCUUCCUUAUUGCAGGAGUAUUCGUCGUUGUGGCUUCAGACACUGCGCAAACUUAUCAUGUCGCCCUUACGGGAUACCUCGGUGCCGCUCUGUCUCUGAACUCACUGACCAUUCACUCCCUCAUCUACUCCUCCAACGGUGCUCGCCAGGCUGCCGGCGCUGGCUUCAUUCUCAUGGCCAUGGUUACCAUUGUCUGGAUCUUCUACUUCGGCUCCGCCCCGUCAGCGAAGCCGCGCGCUUACCUCGAUUCCUUCGCGCUCCAGAAGGAGUCUGGAAACCGACAGAUGAUGUAUGGCGGUGGCCGGCCCGAAACCUCAACAUCGGUCCAGCCUCCCCAGAUGUACACUUCGGCGCAGCUCAAUGGCUUCGAGAACCCAUCCCCCGUUCAGGGCAUUCCCACUACACAAACCCGCAACUCCGGAGUGGCCCCGACAUUCAACGCGGCGCCGCCUGCAGCGAAGCCUCCUGGUCUUGACCAAGAGGUGGUGCCCCCCACCGAAUAUCCCUACCGCGCGAAGGCCAUCUAUAGCUACGAGGCCAACCCCGACGACGCGAACGAGAUCUCCUUCUCAAAGCACGAGAUUCUAGAGGUUAGCGACGUGAGUGGAAGGUGGUGGCAGGCACGCAAGGAGACGGGCGAGACGGGUAUCGCGCCAAGCAACUACCUGAUCCUGUUAUAAUGAGCUCAUGAUUUUCAUUUCGCCGUUGGAGAUGGGAGCAAAAAAAUGACCAUAUGGGACAUGGAAUGGUUUCGCGCUCAAAUGCUUGUUGGAGUACAUUAAGGUCUCUUGUCCGGGAUAAAACCAUUGCCGCCUCUUUUGAGCCACAGGCGGCACACGUAUAUCCGCCUAAACGGCUUCGCUUUUUUCUUCUUCGACCUGUUGUUUCUACUUCUAUCCGCCCACCAUUGCGUGCAGGCUUUCUCCCUAUCACUGCUAGUGUAUGUUGCCAUUGUCGCUCGAGCAGAGGGAUUGUGUGUUUUCUUUUUGAGUCUUCUGGGGCGGGUUUCACGAGCAACGGGUCGGUCAUUCGGAUAGCUAUGGUAGCCCGCAGGUGGAAUACCC